AUGCUGGAUCACCUAUUCCGUCGUUCGCGAAUAUUGCAACCAACUGAGUCAUCGAUCUCUCCGGCUGCAUCGUCACCCAGCACACCCCGUGCAGAACCUCCCUCAAACUCAUCCACCGAUCAGCUCUUCCCGCAAAGAAAUCGGGAGCUCCCUCCUACUGCAGUUCCGCCCGUCGACACUCAGACACAAAACGGUAAUCUACUGGAAAAUGCUUGUGUUACGGUAGAAGGGACGGCGUUCACCGAGCGCGUUACGGAACUCACUGGUCCCGUUACGCCGGAAGUGGCCAUUGGAGUCUCCCCUGUCUUUGUCCGUAAUGCUUUUCUGCAUCUAUCAUGUGCUGCCGUUCGGCUGCUGCCGGAGUUCGAGAUAGGGAGCUCCAAGGCGCAAUGGGACGAGGGAGAUCUGUAACGCGAUUGGUGAGCGCCCUCUCCCCCUCUAUGGUUGUACCUGCCCGAUCGCAACCGACAGGACAGCGAGCCCGCGGUUCAGUGAUUACGGUGUUCGAGUUCUAACCAUCAGGUCGCGGGAUCGAGCCCCAGGGGUUGCACACCUCGGGAUCGGGUACGGCUGCCUGAAGACGACCAAUAAGCCAGGAAUGCUCACCUCAGUCUCCCUUGCCUGUUGUCCGUAAUGUUAUUCUGCCCACAAGUUUGUGUGUUCAUGGAUUUCCAAACGGGCCGCACUUCCAUGUCAGACCGAAACUGGGACCAAACGCGCGCGUGUGUGUGCCCCUCAAACGGGCCAUGUGGUAGAUGCGCUGGACCAACAUGGGGGCCAUAUCGGAUUGUGGAAGGUGUCACCGGAUUGCACACCAUAACAAAUGCCUACAUUUCAGAGUGCGGUGGCAGACCUGGUUGCCGGCAGACGUCGCGCACACUAGGACCCCUGCCGCCCCCCCCCUUCUUGUUGGUUAAAAACCUGGUCAUUUACUGUGUGAGCCAGGGAGUGUGAAGUGGAGCGCCGGGGUGUGGGCUCGACUGUGCCAUCUACCUGUGCCCUCCGCCGUCUCCCGUCGUCUUGACUCGGGGUGCCACGGGGAGGAGAGAGUGCGAUAGAUACUGCGCAAGUCUACAUUCACUAUAAACUAAAUCACGCGCAAGUCACCUUCCCUACUUCACUUUGCUGUGGAGCACACGGUGGACAUCGUCGGCAACGACGGUCGAGCUGUCAUGUGUGUGUGAACUAAAAGUGGCAGGAGCGACCUGCGUGGCCAGACUCUGUGCCCCACCUCUUAUCCAUGUAAUCUGGCUCAGCCCUACCUCCGGGUCUGAAAAGGCGAUUAACAUCGACCAUGCGCAACAUCUCCCCUACAUGACGCCACAGCUACGCAUGGGAACGAUCAGAAGACCUUAAAUGUCAUGAUUUGGAUGAUUGUCACUGGAUGUUGUAACUGGUCCGGCCAGACAAAGAACCAUACUGCGAUGCAGCCUUCCGAAUGUGUUCUGAAUAUGCCACCCGGAUGUUUAAAUUAUAAUUCAUUCCAGUUGAGGUACCAGUGGUUGCGCGAUAUUUAGGAACGCGGCCGAAUGCUGGGUCAUUAACAGUGCCCUAGCUUAUCUCCAAUCUAUGCUUACUCCUGACAAUGGAAAACUACGGGUUUGAGGACGGAUAGGAGUGAAGGAGGCCCUGCGGUGUCGACCAUAAGCCAGUUCAAGCCCAAAGCUCCAGGAGUUGGUGGUGAUCCUCGUCGACCGCGACCGCGGUGCGCCGUUUGUUGUAAUGCUUGUAUCUACCCCUUUCACGAUCGGCACAGGACGUCAAACUUCAAACCGAAGUCGCAUUCGUGCCGUGCGACCCCAGCCUCUCACACUCAUCCCCUUCCGUGGCUGGGCCCUUUGAACACGACGGUAGAAGGAUAGGAAUUUGGCUUUGCGCCACCUCCCCCUCCCUGUUGAACACCCCUACAGGACCCUGCGAGUUUUUGAUUGAACUCCCGUCGCUUAAUAUGAAUGCUGAGCCAGCUUGCGGAUAGGAGUGUCCAUGUGCGCGCUCGGCGCCUCGAUUGCACAAUGACGAAGUGCCCGCUCUGUCACAGGUUUUGCUGUCGUCUCCAGCUACCUUGAUCCAGUCCUGCCAUCAGAGCAUGGUGGAAUCUGUAAGGGCAAGCAAUGUCACCGCUUUGAACAUUUUCCGUCGUAUUCGACUUUACAUUCUUCACCAUUCUUCCCCCCCCCUACGACUUCUAGGGACGAACUAUUGCAGGUUGAUGCGCUUGAUCAAGUAAAUCGUUGCUGGCAGAUUUCCAUCCGAUUGAUGAACGCAAGUAGCUAUCUAAUGUGUAUCUUGAUCAUUUCUUUCUAAAUCCAGGCCGUGAAAUGGAAGAUCCCUUGUUCACUGGGCCUGAGGGUCUCUCGCGAGUCCUGGCAACGCUGCGUUUCGGCAUGAAUCCAGAACAGGCUCUUCUGUAUUCCAUGCUUCUCAACAGCGUAGGCAUGGGUCUUGCCAAUGGAGCGUCCCUUGAACGGGAACCAGCGCGUGGUUUUCCCAUGAUGCCCAGGACACUUUCCACUGAGAAUCAUCUGCCUCCUGAAACUAUUUCCACGAAUGCAACCUCUCCUGACAAUGUUCCCGUGUCAACCAGUACGGUAUUUCUAGGGCAUUUGCAUUGCAUUGUUGUCUUGCAACUUGGUGUAAACUAUGUGUUUUUAAACCGGGCCAGGCUGACAUUAACUAAAACUCUUUUUGAACAUCCACCAUGGACCAGGCCAUUAAUCCACCUUGUACAAGCACUAGCUUAGGAUAGUUAGAGCGCACUUUUUUAAAAAAACCUAACCAAAAGUCCUCUUAACAAAGCAACCUCUCGUCUGACUGAUUUCCAUGCUAAUAUAAUUGGCAUUUUGUGGCAACUACGAUCUCAUCGCUGAAUCAUCCGAAUUCAUGCAAUAUCUGUGAGCAAUCCUCAUUAGCCUGCGGGAUAAUCCCGAGGGUUUUCACACAUGCCAGGAUGCUGACUUAUGAAUGAACGGAUUUCCGGCCACUUAUGGAAAGCAUACAUACCAAAAAUGACUAUUCUGACAGUUUGAACAUUUCUGAUUGGCUUUCGAUGCCGUUUUAAACCCAAUUCCGUGCUGUAGAACGUACACACCGAGCCAUUUUUUGUCGCUCACUUUUUAUGGCCAGUUAUUUCUGUUUAAAAUUUUGCAGCAAAAGAAAGUUUCUGUUGCGUCUCAAAAAUUUGACAAUUUGCACUUUACUUUGAGGUUCCCAAACUGCAUGCCGCACGCUUUUAGCUUGUGCGAGAUCAUUUCCUCUGUCUACAAUGCGUGACAGAUCUCAUGAAAUGGCUGAAAUUCUGAAAUGCGUUUUAGGCUAGGAAGAAUUACUUAGGUGGGGUUGUAAUAUCGAUUAUCAUGUGGCAUAAUUCUAUGGUAUUUCGGUCUCGCCGGGAUGUCGGUUCUUAAAUGCACUUCUUUUCGACCUGUAGAAACGGCACUCGGUAAGGAAUGGCUACUUAAGUAACAUGCAUUUUUCCCAUUGAUUUUCAAUGCCCUAGAGUAGGCUUUUCUUUACUCGUUCGGUAGAAAAUCACAUUGUCUUUGUAUUUUAUGCUCGAAAAAAUUGUAUAUUUAGGUUUUAAAAAAGUUUCCCAAUUCCCGAACAAUUUUAAGCCUACUCAGCGGUUUCAUUAGCGUUUAGCGAUUCAAUCCGCAAGGUUCAUCCUUUACGCGUGAGGAAAAUCGUAUGUUCCUCCAUGCCUUUAAGAAUAUACCACAAACUAAUUUUUCUUUCAUUCGUUCGGUAGAGAAUCACGUUGUCUUUACACUUUAUGCCCAAAGAAAGUGCAUAUUUGGGUUUUAAAAACGUUUCCCAAUUCCCGAAUAAUUUUGAGCCUGAUCAGCCGUUGCAUUAGCAUUUAGCGAUUUCAGUCUACAAGGCGCAUGCUUUCCGCGUAAGGGAAAUCACACAUUCUUCUGUGCCUUUAAGAAGUUACCAUUUAGAAUUCAUAAAAUUUUGCAGUGGAUGCGAACUGUGUUUUAAAUUUCAUGAGGAGCAUUGCUAAACCGACAUGUGCGAUGCUGUUCGUAUGGAAAUCGGAUGGUUUUAAAAUAUGUCACAAUUAGAAACCUUUAGAAACCGAAAAACAACCUUCCUUAGGAUAUAAAAUAUGAAGGCAAUGUGAUUUACUACCAAACUGGUAAAAAAAGUAUAUUUUGUUCAUGUUUUCUAUAAAAUAUAUUUGAAUUUAUAAAAUCAUCGAAAAUGCACGUGAAUACGCACGUUAAUUACGUACUCAGUUUUUACCUAGUCUGGUUUCUACGUUAGGUCGAAAAUAAGUGCAUCCAAAAGCCAACAUCCUGCUAAUCAGCAUUACAACCCCAUCUAAAUAACCCUUCCUAACUGAAAACGCAUCACAGAAUUUCGGCCAACAUUUCAUGAGAUCAGUCACUCACUGCAUGUUAUUGGGAAAUUGUUAGUGAGCCCUCAUAAGGUUUUGCAUUCAAUGUGAAGCAUAAUACAAGGCACCCGAAUGGGCCCGCAGAUACGGGGACACUUUUAUGAGUGUGUACCAUGGCCUCGAAAUUUCUCUCAAAUAAUAACUUUACUGAAACUGAGAAAACUUAAAGAUGACAUAAUUUGUUGCGAAAAGGGUGUAGGAAAGAAUGCUUCCUCUCGUACUUUCUAUACCAUAGGUUUGGCUUCAAAAAGGCAUCGAAAAUCAUUUGAAAAACUCAGAGCGAUGUGCUUUCAGUAAGUGGUAGGUAAGCUGCUCAUUCACGAGUCAACAUCCUGACGAGUAUGGAGUAUCCUGUAAUUAUGACGCGUACUAAUCAACGUGUCAUAAGUAAGGCCAAAGAGUUAUGCCAACGACGUCACAUUUUCUUAUUAAAUAUGUAGAAGUACUUAUACAGGUGAAUUUAGAGUUUUCUGGUGCAGGAUCUAUACCAAACUAGUCUGUGCUUUGUGUAAUCGCCCCUAUUUGGAAUAGCUUCUGGUAUCCCGUAAAAGUUAGGCAAAAUUCUUAAAGCAGUAAUGAGUCUGCCUUUUUUACUGGCCAAGAAGUACCAAAGUGAGUAGAACGAGCUACCGGCUUUCAUGUGCGGUGUGCUUGCCACGUACUUAACUACAUGCUGAUCCGGCUGAAGACACAAGAAUGUUGUGUUUGGACGUAUCCGAGAAGCCGCCUGUAAAUUGUGACCGUUCAUGUGACGAGUGUCAACAUCAGAACAAUCUUCCAUUAGUGCGCCGACGUCUUUGGUUAAAUAAGACCGAAUGAGGCGGGGUUCGUCUGUGCCAUCCAACUGUAAACGUGAUAAGCACCGCAGAGGGGCACACCAAACAGUCUGCUGAAUGCAAAUUGGUUUGAACGGACCAGUAUGCACUGUGAGGUUUCUCGAUGCAGUACAUUUAUAUGUAGAACACUGUUGCGUCGGUUUUAAAUUACAGGUCACUGGGAAGGCAGCAGACGGAGUUGAGAUAGUAUGCUCUUUUAUGCAAUGUACUUCCAAUUAGAGAGGAUUAUUUAGGCGCAUUUGUAAUACUGAUUAUCGGGCAACAUAAUCUUCAGGUAUUUCAGUUACGCCAGUGCGUCUGUUGUGAUCGGCAAUGUCCAUCCUGCGUUCCACAGCAGAGUGAAAUCAGAGACAGCGACUUGCGAUUCGUCUACCUCACAUUCACCCCCCCCCCUCACCCAACUGAGUCCAUUGCCAAGACGCAGUUAAGAAGACCCGAGGCGGGAUCUAACGCAGGUGACUGGCGUGGUGUGAGCAUGCGCCUAGGCGUACCACCACAUCGUGCCACCACUUGUCACGGGUGCACAUCCCCAAUAACGCUGACCGUGCACUGACCUGGCCCUCGUAUUGGUCCGGCACAUAUACCGCGUGGCCCGUUCUAGGGGUCACGGAAUCGGACAGUAAUCAAAGUGGUACAUGUCAGGAUUGUAGAGCCCUGCCUGGUGAAAAACGCCUCGAUCUGUUCGCCAUAGUGCGCAUGCCUAGAUCCUCGUCUUAUCAUCCGUAUAACUCCCUCCUUCUUUUUGAGGUCCCAUGUGUGACAGCCAUGUGCCUCUGUCACCGUCUGCCAAAGAGGAGGCCUGGAACACUGGCGCGCGUGAAGCCAGCCUCUCCUCCUCCCUGCUCAGCGUCACCGAAGAGUGUUCGACAAAUCAGCGCCAAUUCUAUCGGACGCAUUCUGUGCGUCCGCGCUUCACUUACGCCUCCCUCAUCCGCCAAGCUAUCUGCGAGUCGCCCAAUAAAAGUCUUUCUCUCAGUGAAAUUUACGCCUGGCUACAGAAGGAAUUCCUUUACUUCAAGCAAAACGAGGCCACGUGGAAGGUAAGGACACGGUCUUUUGUUUAUUAUUUUGCCGAGUGUGUACGAAUAACUUCUGCUAUGCAACACUUUUUCCCCCGAAUGCACUUCUGAAGGAUAAAUGUGACUGGAGAAGCAGAGUUUACCGUGUUCUUUCAGCUGCACACCCUUCUUGUUUGUUAGUGAUUUUUUUUUAUAGUUUUAGGGCGUUGGGUUGGCCACGUAGAGGCGUAGUUACCUGAAGCAUAACAUUGCCGGCAAAGACAAGGAAAACCGGAAUGACCAUUUCUGGUCUACUGGUUGUCGUCAGCCAGCGAUACGCGGCCUCUAUGCAUGUUCUGUUGGUUUAAAGUUCAGCACUCCAGCCACUGAGCCACGGGUUGGUUGUCCUGUCGGUUGCGGUCGGUUAGUUACAAUAGGUGCGUUAACUUAUGAAAUGUCAACCGAAAUUUCGAAAUGCGUUCUCGUUUCGCAAAGAUUAAUUUAGUAUGGUUGUAAAACUAAUCAGCCUUCAGCAUAAUUCUAUAAUAAAUCAGAGUGUCGGCUGUCGAAUGAACUUUCUUCCGGCUGCAUGCAGAAGCUACACUCUGUAAAAAAUGACUACUUAAUUAGCAUAAAUUUGUCUCAUUUGUUUUCGAUGCCCUCGAAAAUGCAAUUAUAUUUCAUGGAAAACAUGCAAAAAAUAUUCAUUCGUUUAAGUAUUCGGUAGAAAAUUACGUUUUCUUCCGAUUUUCUAGUCGAAGGAACGGUAUACUUCGGUUUUUAAAAGGUUUAUAAUUGUGAGAUUUUUUAACAACGUGAAAUGACUGUUCAUCAAACGUCAUGUCUCUGCAUUUACGAAUGUGGCUUGUAAAGUUAACAAUAUUGCCCAAAUCCGCUGCUUGAUUUUAUGAACUCCAUAUGGUCUCCUCUUAAUACCGUAGAGAAAUGAAUGGUUUUCCGUAAACGGAAAAUAUACGGCUUGUAGUUUUGAAACCCUAAAUGCAAGUAUAUCAGCAGGUCGGGUUCAAAAUUAUUUGGGAAUUAGAGAAGUUUUUGAAAACCGAAUUAUACUCUUCUUUCGAGUAUAAAAUCGGAAGAAGACGUGAUUCUCCAAGGAAUAAGUAAAAGAAUGAAUAUUUUUAUGCAUGUUUUUCAUGAAAUAUAAUUGGACUUUUAGAGGCAUCGUAAAUGAAUAAGAAAAAUACAUGCUACUUAAGCAGUCAUUUUUACAGAGUAUAGUUUCUGCAUGUAGCCGGAAGGAAGUUCGUUUAAAAGCCAGCAUUCUGUGGUAACUGAAUAAUUAUAGAAUUACGCUGCACGAUGAGCAGUUCUACAACGCUAUUUAAUCAAUUUUUUCGAAACGCGAACGCAUUUCGAAAUUUCGGUUGACAUUUCAUGAGUUAGCCCACCCACUGUAACUAUGAUAGAGGGUCGCUCACCGAUCACACUACGGACACACUCUUUCCGUUGGACCCUGGGGCUCUGUCCAGAGCUCCGCGAGUAUGUUUCCUCAGUCUUAUGACCCUCCGUUGAAGAUGUCGUCCGCACUAGGAGGAGGCAGUUUUGUUUGCGGCAUCAUGUUUUUCUGACGGAGGCGGUUCUCCCCGCAGAGCAGACGCUGUAUUUAUUCAUCGUUCUGGCCCAGUCAGUCUUGAUAUUGCCGACGGUGGUAGUAUUAGACGCGUAUAGUAGUACGUUUCAGCAGUAUUGUCAUGUCCUUUUAAGGGUACAUGCUCCAGCCUUUGUACAUCCCACAGGCCAGUCCUCGCCUCGGUUCGGUUCUAUACAGUUUUCUUGUCGCCUUUGUCCGUCGAGACCGUCGUUGUUGCGGUCUCAUCUGUGCCACAGGUAGACGAUGAUCGGUCCAGCAUUUGGUGCGAUGCAGUCCUUUUCACCAUGACAUUUACGCGAUCGUGUCUCCUGAUGUGUAGCUCAGUAUUUGACAACGAUGUCAGCGUGAGUGUAUUCACGUCCACUUCUUACAGCUUUGACGACAGAAGUCUGAGGUCGUGUUUUGCGCUUUUCUUUCACCAGAAGAAGUCCUUUACCCUAGUGGUUGAUGACUCCGUGAUGACUAAGACUGCCAUCUGAAAGACCCCGUCUUCGCCUUUUCGUUCACAGAAAUUUCCCAGGGUGCUCCUCAGUUUUUUCGCCCUCGGAAGGAAACGAGGAGGAAGUUCUCUCCCCGUGUCGUCACAUUUUGCCCUUCUUGGUACUCCCGAUGUUGGCGAGUUUUUUGCCCUACGAAUCGGAAGUCCUAUUGAUGGGGGUUGGUUGUCAAUUUAUGCGGAAGGAAUGGUAGCUACCGUGCUGGAGAAAGGUAUUUAAACGUUGGCGCAGUUGUCUAUUCGACCGGCUGUCCUUGUUCCGUGAGACAGGCUGUGGUUUAGAAUGUAUCUAAGCAGUUCUCGGGAGAGUAUGGCACGAUUAUAAGUAGUACAGGUGGCCAAACGCUAAAUUCCGGUGGAGGGUUUAGGGUUAAGAGGGAUAGGGCGUGGGUUGGAAUACAGGAAUAGGUAUCCCGUCUGCAGUCUAGCGCAAAGCCACCUGUAGAACGGGGGGAGAACUCAUUCCCGCUUCCAACCCUCGGACGACCAGAGCUUUCCUUCCUAGGUAAAAAGGUCUCAUUUAAGUAGACGAAUUUACUCAUGUCUAGUUGAAUGAUGGGACCUCAAGGAUUGUGAGUGUCUAGCAUGUCAGGAUCAGCAAACCAUGGCUCUCACAGCCCGGUGUGCGCUGACAACUCUCUGACACCUGGCUCCGAUGCCUCUAAAAGUUCAAUUAUAUUUCAUGGAAGACACCAUAAAAAUAUUCAUUCAUUUACUCGUUCGGUAGAUAAUGACGUUUCCUUUCAAUUUUAAACUCGCAGAAAGGGUAUAACUCAGUUUCAAAAAGGUUCUAAUUGUGAGAUUUUAAACUACUAUAAAAUGGCCGUUCAUAAAUCGUCAUGUCUCCGCAUUUACAAAUAUGGCUUGUAAAGUUAAAAAUAUGGAUCAAAUCCACGGCUGAAUUUUAUGAACAAUAUAUGGUCCUCCUUUGUUACCGUACAGAAAUGUGUGGUUUUCCUUAUGCGGAAAAUAUAGGGCUUGUAAUUUGGAUACCUGGAAUCUAGGCGUAACGGUAUAGUCGGUUCAAAAUUAUUCGGGAAUUAGAAGCAUUUUUAAAAACCAAAAUAUAUCCCUCCUUCGAGUAAAAAAUUAGGAAGAACUUGUUGUUUUCUCCCAAAUAAGCAAAGUAGUGAAUACAUUUUGUGCAUGUUUCCAUGAAGUAUAAUUAGACUUUUAGGGGCAUCGAAAAUCAAAGAGAAAAUUCAUGUUACUUAAGUAGUCAUAUCUUACAGAGUGUAUUUUUUGCAUGUAGCCGGAAGGAAGUUCAUUCGAAAGCCGGCAUCCUGAGGUAGUUGAAAUAUUAUAGAAUUACGUUACAGGCUGACUAAUUUUACAAGCCUACUUAAUUAAUCUUUUCGGAGCAAAAAUGCAUUUCGGAAUUUCGGUUGGUAUUUCAUGAGUUAGCCCCGCUUUAUGAGCUGCUUGAAAAUACCCGGGAGCCUUUUGCUCUGCCACUCAUAUCACCUUCUGUUUUUUGCUCUUUUGGUAUAGAACGCGAUCAGGCACAACCUCUCCCUCCACAAAUGCUUCCGGCGUGUUGAGACCACAGGAGGCUCUGUAUGGAUUUUUGACGAGAAGGAGUGCCAGCUGCGAAAAGCCAAGGGAACUCUGUAAGUUUCACAGUUCUUACCCAGACGCCUGAAUCAAAUACCCCUCAAAUAGGUACUUAUUAUUGUUGUAUCUUGUUUCAGCUACUACUCUCCGACAUCUAAAGGUGUAAGUCGCCGCCCUAAAUUCGAUUUUAUGUGAACCCCUACCUUCUCCCCCCUCCCAUAGCUCUCCGAUCACCUGAAGUUGAUUCUUUGCAUCUUGCUGCCUUCCAGGAAUUCAAACGUGUCCUCAACAGGUCAGGUAGCAAGAUUAAGAAUUCGCCAUUUGCGUCUCGCCGAAAAGAGAAUAUACUGAACAGGAGUCGCAUGGGCUGCCUCCCUGCGGACGUUCCUCUCGCUAGCGACGGCGGCGUCGGCAACGUUGAAUUUCCACACCCUCGCCACGAGGAUUUUUCAGACUUGGCAAAGAGUCAUGAGACAACCCCCUGUCUGCCGCCAUGUCCAUCCAGUUGUUCCAAUAUUUCCGGUUCCAUCAAACUGGAGGACGAGUCCACCAUCCCCGACGCGAAACACCAUCUGUAAGAAAGGCUUGCUGUAGUAUAGAAUGGGGGCGCUAUCUCAUGAAAUGUUGACCGAAAUUCUGAAAUUGGUUUUCCACUCGAAAAGGAUUGUCUACGUAGGAUUAUAAUACUAAUGAUUGCGCGGCAUAAUCCUAGGACAUUUCAGUCACGUCCUUUAAACGAGUUUUCUUCUGGCCGUCUGCAAAAUUUACUCCCUGUAAAAAUGACCACCAAAGUAGUAUGAAUUUCCCCCGUCGAUCUUCAACACUUAUAAAUAAAAAUAUAUUCCAUAGGAAACAUGCACAAAAUAUCUUUUGGUGCAUUCAUUCGGCAAAACAUUACGUUAUAUUUUAAAACGUCUCUGAUCAUGAGACUUUUUAGGCCACAAAAUGUCCAUUUAUAUAACAUAGCAUGUAUAUUCGCAAGUUUUGCUCCCUUACAGUAUGGUUCAAAUCCACUGCAAAAUUUUGUGAACUGCAUAUGACAUCUUCCUGUUAGCGCAUGGAAAUUUAUGAUUUUCCUUACAUGAAAAUAUACAGAUUGUAGUCUGGAAACCAUGAAUGCAAGUGCGACAGCAGGUUGGAUUUGAAAUUAUUCGGAAAUUGAAAAAGACCUUUGAAAACCAGAUUACUCUCUCUUUUCGAAUGUAAAAUUUAACCAAAACUGAAUUUGCUGAUUAAUGUUAAAAAGCAAUAUUUAGUUCGUGUUUUCCAUAAAAUGCAUUUGAAUUUAUAAAGGAGUCGAAAAUCAAUGAAAAAACUGCACUGCUAAAGUUAUCAUUCCGUACAGAAUGCGGUUUUGCAGACAGCCGGAAGGAAGUGCAUUCAUAGGUUAGCAUCUUCACGUGACUGAAAUAUCUUGGGGGGUUAUACAGUAGAUGUGCUAACUCAUGAAAUGUCAACCAAAAUUUCGAAAUGUGUUCUCGUCUCGAAAAGAUCAAGUAACUAGUGUUGUAAAACUAAUCAUGAUUCAGCAUAAAUCUAUAGUGAUCCAGUUACCUUAGGGUGUCGGCUUUCGAAAGAAUUUAUUUUCGGCCGCAUGCAAGAUCUAUACUCUGCAACAAAUGACUACUUAACUAGUAUGCAAUUUUCUCAUUGAUUUUCGAUACCCUUGAAAAUUCAGUUAUAUUUCAUGGAAAACAUGCAUAAAAAUAUUCAUUUUUUUACUUAUUCGGCAGAAAAUCACGUCUUCUUCCAAUUUCAUACUCAAAAGAAGAGUAUAAUUCGGCCUUAAAAAACUUUUCUAAUUCCCGAAUAAUUUUGAACCCGACCUGUUGUUACACUUGCAUUCAGGGUUUCAAAACUUCAAGCUGCAUAUUUUCCGUGUACGGAAAACCAUACAUUUCUCUACGUAGUUAAGAGGAGACCAUAUGAGGUUCAUAAAAUUAAGCAAUGGUUUUGAGCAAUAUUGUUAACUUUACAAGCCACAUUCGUAAAAGCAGAUACAUGACGUUUCAUGAACGGCCAUUUAAGGGUAUUAAAAAAUCUCACAAUUAGAAACUUUCUUAAAACCGAAUUAUACUCUUCUUUUGAGUAUGAAAUUGAGAGAAGACGUGAUUUUCUACCGAAUAAGUAAAAAAUGAAUAUUUUUAUACAUGUUUUCCAUGAAAUAUAAUUGAAUUGUCAUGGACAUCGAAAAUCAAUGAGAAAAUUGCAUACUACUUAAAUAGUCAUUUUUGGUAGAGUAUUUGAUCUUGUAUGCAGCCGAAAAUAAAUUCUUUCGAAAGCCAACACCCUGAGGUAACUGGAUCAUUAAAGAUUUAUGUUGCAGCCUGAUUAGUUUUACAACACUACUUAAUUGGUCUUUUCGAAACGAGAACGCAGUUCGAAAUUUUGGUUGACAUUUCAUGAGUUAGCACAUCUACUGUACUGCCCAAUCACAAGUUUUACAACCCUGUCUAAGUUAUCCGUUCGAUUUAAAAACACUUUUCGGAAUUUCGGCUAACAUUUCUUGAGAUGGCACAUCUGCUGUAUACUGCCUCCUCCUCCUUCUCCUCCUCCUCCUCCUCCUCCUCCUCCUCGCCCGCCCCUCUGCUGUAGCCUGAACCGUUCUACAUCCGCCUUUCACAGGUCUGGUGGCAAAAUGAAGAAUUCAGCAUUUGUUGCUCGGCGGAAGGAGAACAUGCUGAACAGGAGUCGCUCGCACCGCCUUCCAGCGGACGUUCCCAUGGCCACUAUUGGUGCUGACGGCAGUCUUGAUUUCCAACACCUCUGCCAAGAUGACUUCUCAGACCUGGCGAGGACGCGCAAGACAGCGACCGCCUGUGUACCGUCCUGCCCGCCGACCUGUUCCAACCUCUCUGGCUCCAUCAGACUGGAGGAUGAGUCUACCAUCUCCGACGCAGAGCACCACUUGUAAGUAAGGAGACCUUUUUGGGUACCCGCCGCCUCUGGCUUCAUUUUGUCCAGAGCCAGGCGCACAUCCCGAAUCUCGAGAAAGACCGCCUGACGUAUUUCAGUCGGCUGUAUGAAAAAGACGGGACUAUCCAGACAAGGCUGAAGCACCCGUAUCGUAUGCGACCGUAAAUUUCGUAACUUGACUAAUCCGAACUAAAGCCUGAUCCAGAUCAAGGACACGUAGCUGGAGAAACAAAUGUAUUUUACAUAAAAGACUGAUAAUUCAUAUUAGAAAGGAAUUAUUCAAUGUGAGAGCCAUUGUCAGCAAUAACUUCGUCGAUUAUCGGUCCGAAAUUAGCGCAAGGGUUCCCGAUGUACUCCGGUGACAUCCUGUUCCACUGUCUGACAGUGUAGACCUUCAGGACCUCAAUGGUGUUAUGUAGCUUGUUGCAAGCCUUCUCCUCGACAUACAGUGCGUCAAAAUUUACGAAUGAUUGCCAAUCACUCGCAAAACAACAUCAUUUCAUGAGUCCAAUGUCUGUGCUAGUUAAGUGCAAAUUUAAAAGAAUUAAAAACAUAAAGGCACUCUUAAGGCAGUGUUGCAUUGUUUAGAAAUGCCGAGUAUUUUUUAGAAAAGCGCAACAUCCCGAAAACGUCAUAAAUGAUUCUAAUUUAGUAAACUUCGUUUUUUGAUGUAUGGAAUGUGUUCUCACACCAAAAAGGUAGUAAAUAUGAAAGUAAAAAUAAAACAACGUCUAAUAAUAGUGUUUCAGUGAAGUUUACCUCUAAAUAUCGUUAAGGAAUUGGUGUAGUCUCAUACGUGGCGGUUUGUCAACUGCCUACAUUCUGAGUGUAGACUCCAAAACAGUUUUCCAGGGAUUCGUGGUAUUCUUGACUCGUUUGAAGUGAAUGAGAUUGGGUUCAGCAAGCGAAGCUGAAUUUUACUUGAUUUCUCCGAUGGGGACCUCUUAGGAACAAAAGUUUUCAUAAAGUGACAUGAUGUGAGGCCGGUCCGUGCCUAAUAAAUUUGAGUAGAACUGACAGGCGUGAUCGUAAACAUACCAUUUUGUGUUUAUAAAGAGAACUUUUCUUCCGUUAAAUUAAUUUACGCUUUUCCUUUGUUUUGGAUUACGGAGAGUUUCAGAUCGGCCUCCAAAUGUUGCUUAAUACUUCAUAAUUUUUAGUCAGAUUCUGAAUUACCUGUCUGUUAAGAACUUUAAAAUAAGGUAAUUCUUGAAGGCAUUUAUCGAAUUAGGGAGUGUUCGGGCGCUCCUUUUCACAAACAUGGUCGUUUGGGUCACAUGUGAAGACUCAUUCAAAUAUCAAACUUCAUUUUCGAGAAAAAUGAUUGUCCACAACGAAAGUCAGCAACAACUAUGCCCUUGAUCAAUAAUGAAACUUUCCUUAAAAGUUACCUCUAAUUCCUUGUCUCUUUAAGAAGUGCUUUAUUACUGCACUCCUUUGAUGGAUCUCUGUGUACUUUGCAUUUUUGCACGGUGAGGCCAAGUAAAAAUUCGGCACUUUUGACCGUUUCUUACACGCUCCUAACCAAUACUAGCACUUUUCUACCGUAAACGUAAGAACAUGCCAUCCUCUGUACAUUGAGACCAUUUCCACUGUUUUUGCUCGCUUUUAGACUCGCUUCUUCGAUUAUAAAUGCACGGCAGAGCGCCCAUAUAAAUACUGAUAUUUUGCUGAGACUAUUAAGUUUUUGCUCAUUCUAUUUCUGAAUAAGGCAUGCACAGAAGCUCAAAUACACGAUAAUUAGUGACCAUUUGUUGGUGGUCAUUAAUGUGACGUCAGGUAGAAUUUUCCAAACGGCAAAACAGUUUCAGUCCAUUUAAACGAAGGAAUCCCUAUCUGCGUUAUUACUGCACUUUAGGGCACCAAAUCGUACAGGUCGGCUAAUUUGACUUUUAGAAACUGACAAAAUCUCUGGUUUUUCUAAAACAACUUUUGUGUUAGCAAGAUGGUUACCACGGUUAUCAUCGGCCAUAAAAUAAAUUUCCAAGUUCGGCUAAAUCUGUUUAUUAAAACUCUCGCGGGUAACUUACUGUCGCUCAGAUGCGUAACCGGAGUCUUGGACAUGUAUUAGCAUAAGAACUUGCACGAGGAUAUUACAACGUCCAUUUUCGCUGAAAUCUACUCAUUUUUUACUUGACAUACUUACGUAAACACUAUUUCCGCACAAGAAAAGGACAUUUCAUUGAAGGAUGUGGGUGAGCGAACAAAAUGCGCAACGUUAAAGACGUCCAGAAAUUCUGGCACCCGUUUCCGUUAUCAGAUUGUAAGAGAUAGGUCACGUACUGUACAGCCAAAUGCUGUAGUCGGGGGUGUUUAAGGCCGCUGAGGAUGGUAGCCACAUAUCAUUAGGCCAGAAAUAAGGCAUAUCGCCUUCCAGCAACUUACGUGUCUUCCCUGACGUAUGUGGAGGCGCACCAUCCUGCCGUAAGACUACGUUGCCGUUCGGAGUGUAGUGACAAUCUAUUCAAGGCCUGACAUGCUUCUGAGCAUCUGUGUUCACUUUGACUCCGGGCUCAAUGAACGCAGGGUGCAUGACUUUGCUGUCUGAGGCCAUCUAGCUAAAGAUCAUCACAGACGCGGAAUGUUCAGUCUGAAACUUGUACUUAACAUUCUCAUGUACCUCGUUGACCUUCAGGGGGCUUAUGUAGCAGUCUGUUCGGCUGUUGGACACCGAAGCGAUCGUGAAGAGUUCCUCGUCGAAGUAGAGUACCGUGUAUGGUCCGUCCGCGCUGGAACCUAGGAUACUCUUACUUCUUUCCAGUCUCUUCUCCUUCACAGUCUUAGUAACUAGAUGCUUCUGGUGCUGGUCUUUGACUUGGCCUUCAGGUUCUUCUUCUGGACAUUCCUAACCAUGUGCUCCGACAUUGCAAACCCUAAAGCCAUCUUCCCCAUGCUCCAGACUAAACUGCAGCGAAUGCGAUCCCAGACAGCCCUUAUAACACAAGGCGUCCGAGCUUUUUUGUUUGUCCACAACCAAGCUUCCUGUCGAUGCGGCCGAACUUUUUAUAACGGUCGCUAACGGUGUAAACUGUCGACCUGGUCGUUUCCAACUUGACAGCGGUGUUCGUAGGCGAGAGGCCAUUAAGACUGAGUCUCAUUGGUUUUUUCAUGGCAAAAUAUUCGAAAGCUCUCGCCAAGAAACUGUUGUUGUAUUGUUACCACGGUAUUCUAAAGAAAAAAACACAGAUUUCAUUACAAAUACUUCUUUAGAAAGUAGUGGAAAAACUAUUACGAAAUCCAUGGUCGCGUACGGUAGGCGGACAACAUAAUUCUUGUUAAUGUCUACAUUGUUGCUUUUCUAACACUGACUAAAAACUAUUUAUGUCAUACCAUUUGAUCCCUAGUUGAAAGAACUCACAAUUUAAGUAAUGUGGUAUGCCGAAUAUUACAGUUAAACCUAAUUUAUUCCUUUUUCAACCAAAUGUAAAAAACUCUGCGACCUCGGUGGGAUUGGAACCCACAACAGCAGGGGGAAGACUUGAGUACAGCCAACGCUCUAGCCUUCUGAAAUGCGAGGCCCCACGUUCGGUUGAAGUUAUACGCCUAACCUACUGCAACGUCCAGAAUUAAUCAAAUCUGAUAGUGAAAACUACCUCCCCAAGCAGGAUUUCCUAACAAAUCAGUGUAGAAUCCACCAGAUGACCGCCAUCUUCAUGUAAUUAAUAGGUUUUUCUGGCAGGUUUCGAGUAAUCUUUUUUAUUUUGACAAAAUUGUGAAAAACUCAGUGACCUUCGGACCCACGAAAGCAGGCUUGAGUACAGCCAAAAAAAUAAAAUAAAUAAGGUAGUAAUAAUCAUAAAACAAAAUAUAAAUAAAAUUGCCUACCCAAAAUCUGACUGAAAUUCCCGACACUUGGUUGGAGCCUCGGCUGCACACGUUACGUCCUCACUGCUUGACUGGAGGGCACGAUACAAAGUGCUUUGUUUUUGUUUGUUAUACAUUACCUUUGAGAAUGGUGAGUCGAACAGUCCAGGUCAAUAACUCUGUCGUCCCGUCGUUUCACCCAUCUCCUCCGUCCUCGCCCUCUCUAAAGCAAAGUUGUAUUUUCGCCUCUCAUCUGUUCUUUUACAAUACAGCUAUCGCUGAAUGAUGGUGUUUAAAAAGCCAACUAUGCACACUCAUUGAGAACUUUCUUUGCACUGACAUGGAUCAGCUCGCUGAAUAUCUAAGGCCUGUUUUUAGUGCUUUCAUUGGAUUCCUGUUAACUUAUCAGAUCAUACAGUAGGCGCAGUAAGAGUGGAAGCCUUGGCUUUCUACCGCAGUGGGCCCUCUGGAUUUUCCAUAUUGAGCGCAAUCCCAGUUUAAAGUUGUCCUUGUUCACCUCCCCUCUUGCAGAUUAACUGUCAGUUCAGGGGAUGUGACGCCCACCCGGACAGAAAACCCGGCAUCUGAGACGCCUCCGCUGGAUCCCAACCUCCACAACCUAAGCAACACGCCUUGA